AUGCACCCUAAUGUGAAGGUGGUGUACCUUCCACCGAAUACAACAUCGUUUAUACAGCCGAUGGACCAGGGAGUAAUUGCUAACUUCAAGGCAUACUACCUUAGAAGGACAAUACGCUCUGCUUUGAGGGCCAUCGAAGGUAACAAGGAGUUGACUUUUAAACAGUUUUGGAAGGGCUACAACAUCGCUGAUGCAGUCAGGAAUAUUGCAAGUGCUUGGGACGAGGUGAAGACGACCACUUUAAAUGGGGCCUGGAAGAAACUGUGUCCACAGUUUGUGCACAGUUUUGAAGGAUUUGACUGGGCAGAAAAUGUCGAGACUGUGACGAGGAAAAUUGUAGGGCUAAGCAAGAGGCUGAAACUAGAUCUGGAAGCUGAGGAUAUUACAGAGCUGCUGGCAUCCUAUGGAGAGGAGUUGUCAUCUGAGGACCUCAUUGAGCUGGAGCAGCAGAUGAUCGAGGAGGAGUUAGAGGUACCAGACCCAAAACCCAGGUCAUUAACUGUCAAAGGCUUGUCAGAGGGUUUUACUCACCUGGAGAGAGCUUUGGCUUCUUUUGAGGGAGAAGACCCUAACGUUGCCAGGUUUGACAGAAUCCGGAGAGGGAUCAUGGAUUUGGUAACGUUUUAUAAGGAAACCCUGAAGGAGAAGCAGAUGAAGAAAAGUGUGCAGUCUAGGCUUGACACUUUCUUCCACAAGUCUCCAAACCCUUUGAUAGUGAUUGACCCAGAUGACCCUGAGCCUUUCCAUGGUUUUGAAGUCUCACCCUAUUCAUCAGAUCUAGAUGUAGCCUCCUCAGAGCCCAAUCAGUUGACACUACUAUCACCUCUCCAACUCCACCAGACUCCCAAAGCACCUGCAAAUUCCACUCCAUAG